AUGCUUACCUGCUCCUCAGCCGACUCCCUCACCGAAGAGCAGGUUUCCGAGUUCAAGGAGGCUUUCUCCCUGUUCGACAAAGACGGCGAUGGACAGAUCACCACUAAGGAGUUGGGAACCGUCAUGAGGAGUUUGGGACAGAACCCCUCCGAAUCGGAGCUUCAGGACAUGAUCAACGAGGUCGAUGCCGACAACAACGGAACCAUCGAUUUCCCUGAGUUCCUCACUAUGAUGGCCCGCAAGAUGAAGGACACCGACAGUGAGGAGGAGAUCCGAGAGGCUUUCAAGGUCUUUGACCGCGACAACAACGGCUUCAUCUCCGCCGCCGAGCUGAGACACGUCAUGACCUCCAUCGGGGAGAAGUUGACCGAUGACGAGGUCGACGAGAUGAUCCGGGAAGCUGACCAGGAUGGCGAUGGACGGAUCGACUACAACGAGUUCGUCCAGCUCAUGAUGCAGAAAUAG